ACGGUGGAUACUGGUUGUCUGUGGCUCCAGACGGCAGCAGCAACGACUCGCGUCUCGCGUCUCGCGUAUUUUGUUGUGUGUUUGACACACCGUUGUUGUGUGCUCAGUGCUGUGACACAUCAAAAAUGGCUGCCGUCGACGUUGAACGCGCUAAGUUGGAAACCAAUCUUCGAAAUCUUAAACUAUCAGGCCACGUAGGCUUCGACAGUUUGCCCGAUCAACUGGUCAAUAAAUCGGUGCAAAAUGGAUUUGUGUUCAAUAUCCUGUGCAUUGGCGAAACGGGACUCGGAAAAUCUACGCUCAUGGACUCGCUCUUUAAUACAAGCUUCGAAUCCAAUCAGAGUCCCCACAAUCUGCCGUCGGUGAAACUUAAAGCGCAUACAUAUGAACUACAAGAGAGUAAUGUCAGGCUAAAACUGACCAUAGUCGACACCGUCGGUUACGGAGAUCAGAUCAACAAAGAAGACAGUUUUAAGGCAGUCGUUGAUUAUAUAGAUGCACAGUUUGAGGCGUAUUUGCAGGAAGAACUGAAGAUAAAGCGUUCCUUAUCAACUUAUCACGACAGCAGAAUUCACGUCUGUCUCUAUUUCAUCUGUCCGACAGGCCACGGAUUGAAGUCCAUCGACUUGGUGUGCAUGAAAAAGUUGGAUACUAAAGUCAAUAUCAUACCGAUUAUUGCCAAGGCUGACACAAUAUCAAAAACUGAAUUACAAAAAUUCAAAAGUAAAAUAAUAUCGGAACUGCAAAACAACGGGGUGCACAUAUACCAAUUUCCAACGGAUGACGAGAGCGUAGCGGACGUUAAUUCCUCUAUGAAUAAUCACGUGCCAUUUGCUGUGGUCGGAAGCACGGAUUUUGUACGCGUUGGCAAUAAAAUGAUGCGAUCUCGUCAGUAUCCAUGGGGAACCGUACAAGUUGAGAACGAAUCGCAUUGUGAUUUCGUCAAAUUACGAGAAAUGCUCAUACGUACCAACAUGGAGGAUAUGAGAGAAAAAACCCACUGUCGCCAUUACGAGUUGUACCGAAAGAAGCGUCUUGAGCAGAUGGGUUUCAGCGACGUCGACAGCGAGAACAAACCGGUGAGUUUUCAGCAAACCUGUGAGGCCAAACGUUCCACUCACUUGCAAGAAUUGCAACAAAAAGAGGACGAAAUGCGUCAAAUGUUUGUCGCACGAGUCAAGGAGACCGAGGCUGAGCUCAAGGAAGCCGAAAAAGAGCUGCACAACAAAUUCGACAAGUUGAAAAAAGAUCAUACGGAGGAGAAAAAAAAAGUUGAAGAAAGUCGGAAAAAGUUGGAGGACGAUAUACUUGAAUUUAAUCGGAGGAAGACGCAAAUAGCUCAACAGGCUCAACAUCACACUCUUACUUUGGGUAAAAAUAAAAAAAAAUAAUGAAUUUUACGAGGAAGAUUAAAAUCCUGGUAAUAAUUCCGCUGAAUUGAAAGACUUAUAAGAUAUACGUAUAAAAAUAUGAUAUACUAUAGAAAAUCGUGCGUAUACAAUAUGUUUAAAUUUUGCGUGAUCGGAUUGGGCGAAGACGGCGACUCCCCUCAGUUUACUGUAAAUGCAUCUACCACUCCCAUCCGUCCACAAUAUCUUUUCAUCCUCGUACGAGAAUAUUCCUUCAAGUAUUAUCAUAGCCUAUAAAGCGGCGAGAAGUAUUACAACGGCGAUCGCAAUCGUCGAAUAAAACCUUUUUCAUUUUCAAUGAAACCAUCAUCGUACACUUCGAAUUAAUCACAAACAAGAAAUCCAACUUUUUCAGUGCUCUCUGUAUUUUACAUAGAAAAUAUAUUUAAUACUAAGAUACUUGAAA